CUGAAGGUGAAAGGCCUGGCAGCCGUCCCAGGAGACAAGCACCAGGCAAACGAUGCAGAGCUGCAGGCUGUGGGGUGCUGGACCUGCGGUCUCCACUUCCUGUGUCCUCCGGAAGUUCCCGGGAGUGAGGCUCACCUGCUCCAUGAUGAUGAUGUGUGUCUCUGUGUUCACCAUCCAGCCUGAGGAACACGUGGUGGCUGCAGGAAGCUGCCAAUUUCAUGGCAGGCAUCCCAAAACCAGGUUCAAGGUAGAAGGGGAGCCUGUGGCCAUGAGGUGCCCCCAGGUGCCAUACCUGGACUCUGCUAGCACCCACGUCAAUGUGACAUGGCGUAGAAACGACUCCACCACGAUGGUCCCAGGGGAGGAAGAGACGCGAGUGUGGAUCCAGGACGGCGGCCUCUGGAUUGUGCCAGCCUCGCGGGGGGACUCUGGCACCUACAUCUGCACUGUCAGAAAUGCCUCUUACUGUGACGAAAUGUCCGUUGAGCUCAGGGUUUUUGAGAAGACAGAAGCUUCCCUGCCUCUCAUCUCCUAUCCGCAAAUUAUAACCUUGUCAACCUCUGGGUUAUUAGUUUGUCCUGAUCUGAGUGAAUUCAUCGGGAACAAAAGUGACCUGAAGAUUCGAUGGUACAAGGAUUCUGUCCCUUUGGAUCAAGACAACGAGAAAUUUCUAAGUGUGAGGGGAACUCGCUUACUGGUAAACAAUGUGUCUCUGGAGGAUGCGGGAUAUUAUCGGUGUGCCAUGACGUUUGCCCACAGAGGCAGGCAAUACAACAUCACCAGGAAUAUCAAAGUCCGUGUUAAGAAAAGAGAAGAGGAGACCAUCCCGGUGAUCAUCUCCCCCCACCAGACCAUCUCAGCUUCUCUGGGGUCGAGACUGACGAUCCCGUGUAAGGUGUUUCUGGGAGCUGGCAUACGCGCAACCACCUUGAUGUGGUGGACCGCCGACGGCACACGCGUAGAGGAUGCCUACCGGGGGGCCCGCGUGACCGAGGGGCAGCGCCAGGAAUACUCAGAAAAUAAUGAGAAUUACAUUGAAGUGCCACUGAUUUUUGAUCCAGUCAUAAGAGAGGAUUUGCACACGGAUUUUAAAUGUGUUGUCCGUAAUACAAUGAGUUUCCAGAUGCUUCGUACCACAGUCAAAGAAGCUGCCACAUUCUCCUGGAAGAUUACUCUGGCCCCCCUUUCCCUCAUCUUCUUGGUUUUGGGGGGAAUAUGGACGCACAGACGGUGUAAGCGCAAAACUGGAAAAGCCUAUGGUUUGAUGGAGUUCAAGACCAACCAUCACAUUCUCAAUCCUAUCCAAGUAAAAUAA